AUGGCGAUAUCAUUCUUCGACUCCUGGCAGUUGUGGGAAAAGAUGACAUUUGUUUUGGGAUGCGCUAUCGUAGCUGUUUUUUGCGCGGGAUAUAUCAAAUUAUUAUGGACAAAUAGGAUGGUUGCGAAACAAGAGAUCAUAGAUGAAGAAAAGCGCGUCAGGAUCCAAGAACUACGACAAAGUGGUCAGUUUGUUGAAACAAGUAAAGGUGUUGAAAUACCUUUUGGAGUUCGGGCCAUUCAAAGUGGUAUUCAAGUCGACGGAAUCUGGAUAUCUGGAACUAAUACUCCUGUCCCGAGCAUCAAACUCCAACGCCAUUCAUCAUAUGAACUUUCCUCUCCAGAUUCGACCUCCAACGCACAUAUAUCUCCCGAUGGAUACAAUCAUCCAGCCCCACCCAAAAAUGGUCCACCAAACUUCCGAUAUAGCGAGUCUGCGGUACUUUCAAGCCAUAGAAGUAUUAGUGACGAUGAAACUAUUGUCUCGGAUCCUCGUAGCUCAUCCCGCCAACGAGCAACCUACAAGCCAACCAGAUCAUCGCAACUACGUUUUGGAACAGUUGGGGAACAUCAAUAUGACGAAGAGACACUUGGCCAUCUCGAAGGCAGUGCACCAACUGAUAGAGUUUAUACUCACAGGCCCCGUGGAGGUCGUAAUGAGUCGAAUUCGUCAAUUUCCGAUGCCGCUGCCGCUGCCGAUAACGAACGCUCAUCUGGAACUUCUGACGACUCUGACGAGACAUUUUCUCGUGUUAAACAUCCGCAACCUAAUCGUCCCUUCAAUUAUCCUACUCGAACUCCUUCUCCUGAAGUCUUGACGCCCGCAUUCCCUUCAUUCUCCCACCAGCCAACAACCAAGGGUAAGGGCCAAUAUUCAUCAAUUCCUUUAUUCCUUGAUGAAGAAGAAAUGAAUCCAUUUGCGUCGCCUCAUCUAAGUCUCACAGACAGAACAUUCGGCUCCAAUCUCCAAACCGUCGAAGAUCAACGAUACACAGACAACACUGUCGAGUCCCGGGCACCUCUUUUGAAGACUCGCUCUCCAUCUUCGCAAUUCGUACCCGGAGAACUUCAUGAGAACAAGUCGAUUAGGAAGGUCAAUUCUGGCUUCGAGAUUCUGCCAGCAGGUACAUUUGGCACUCAACCACCUGUAAAUAUCAAGGGAAAAGGUGUCAGCCGUCAUGAAAGUUGGGGCCUCAACAAUUCGGAGCAAAUUCCACCACAAUCAAAAAAGUUACACAAAAAGACCAGAUUUUCCAUGGGCCCGAAUGACGAAUAG